AGUAUACUGCAUGUACGAAAUUAAUGCAUGAGACUUUCUUACGUCUGUAGAAUGAAACAGAUUCAGAUUCUUGUAUUUAGGAAUAAUUAUUAGCGUAAAAUGUUUUUAUAAUAUAUAUAUAUACUACCUUUGAGAAGUAUAUGAUACUCCUUAAAUUGUGCAAAAUGUUACUCAAUGACCGUCUAUGCCAAUGGCUAGGGCAUUUAAAGUUGUCUCGAGUAAUUUUAAUGGUCUCCGUAAUAUUAUUUGUGGUGCCGCUUGUAACACACUACUAUCUGUCCAAGUAUGAUUCAUUGUCGUUUUCCUUUGAUGGCAACCCCAUGCGCCAUACUCUGGAUGCCUAUGGAGAUUUUUCAUUGAUGAAUGCUGCAGAUCUCAAGAUUAGGAUAGAAGAAAUGCUUAGAAUUAAGGCAUCAGUAUCGACAGAGCUCCGUGAGCUUGAAGCUCGGCGAGCGCGCUUGCAGCGGGAGGCGGCGGCGGCGGGUGCGCGCGCCGACAGCGCCAAAACCGAACACUCGCGCGCCGCCGCUGAGCUGCAGCGCCUGCGCGUGUCCGCCGACCAGGCGCGCCUCGCGCAGCUCGAGGCCAUCCGCCGAGACUCGCCAGAGCUCGCUCCACCUUCCCCUCUCCUCCCUUCGCAACCUCCGCCCGUCCUCCCUCCUCUCCCCUCCGCUUCCCAACACCACUGCCGCAUGCACUCCUGUUUUGAUCACUCCCGUUGCUCUCUUACAUCUGGCUUUCCUGUAUACUUUUAUGAUCCUGAUACGUAUGCGCCCAUUGCUGGCGCGGAAGUGGAUGGCUUCUUGAAAACGACAGUAAGACAGACACUGGGAUACAAUGCGCAUAUUACACAAGACCCCAAAGAGGCUUGUAUCUAUCUAGUCCUAGUAGGAGAGGCUUUCUCUUCAGAAAGGAAUUCAAUAUCAUCAGGUGACAACUUAAAAUUGUCUUUAAAUGAAACUGUAAUCAAAAGUUUGCCGUACUGGGGUGGCGAUGGUCGCAACCACGUUCUUAUUAACUUGGCCCGAAGGGAGCUGUCUGUGGGCGCUGGCGACGCGUUUAAGAGCGCUAUGACGGGCAGAGCUAUGAUAGCACAGUCUACGUUUAUUUUGAACCAGUUCCGGCUUGGGUUCGACAUCGUAACGCCCCCAGCGCUCGGCCCACCCGGCGGAGACGUAUGGCUGGACUGCGCUCCAAUAGCUCCCGCCAGACGGAAAUAUUUACUGAGUUUUCAGGGCUCGCAACCUCUUUUUAAUGGAUUGAAUAAAGAUGAGGAUAAAUCUGUGAUCGAAGCACUCCAAAAGACAGCAAAGUCGAGCUCUACGUCAGAUGUAUUUUUCCUGCAAUUUGAAUGCGACCCACCCGUCGAAAAGCGUACAGUGUAUCCUAUUGGUGAUUGGGCCUUAUGCGGCACGGACCGCUCGAGACGCGCCUUGCUAAAAGAUUCUACCUUUGUCGUCAUUCUUGCUCCAAGCGAUCCAAGUUAUACCUCGACAGCAUUGCUGCAAGCAAGGCUGUAUGAAGGCUUGAGAUCCGGCGCAAUUCCAGUCAUCUUAGGUGGGGACAGAAUUACAUUGCCUUAUGAUGAAGUGCUCGAUUGGCGACGUGCAGUAUUGAUGCUUCCCAAGGCUCGAGUUCCUGAGCUGCACUUCGUUUUACGAGCGUUUUCCGACGCCGACCUGCUCGCAUUUCGGAGACAGGGGCGAUUAUUCUGGGAGCGAUAUCUUAGCUCAGUGCAAGUGAUGGUGGAUUCACUUUUAGCAGUGGUCCGAACACGCCUGAACAUACCGGCGCGGCCGGCGGCGCCGACAGUCGGGACACCGGCCUUCAACGAAUCGUAUUACCCGCCACGGUUGGAGCCGCCGACGAUAGACGCGGAGCCGGAGGAGACGCUUGGGCCGCUGGAGGCGCCAUACUCGAGCCCGACAUACCGCCGUAACUAUUCGAUAGGGCUGGUGCACGGGUACGAACUGUGGAACGAGUGGGCGGACCCGUUCGCGCUGUACCCGCAGACGCCGUGGGACCCGCCGGUGACAUCGGAGGCGCGCUUCAUGGGAUCGGCAGCCGGGUUCCGGCCGGUGGGUGCGGGCGCGGGCGGCGCCGGCAAGGAGUUCAGCGAGGCGCUGGGCGGCGACCGCCCGCGGGAGCAGUUCACCGUCGUCAUCCUCACGUACGAGCGGGAGGCGGUGCUGGCGGCGGCCGUGGCGCGCCUGCGCGGUCUGCCCUACUUGAAUAAGGUGGUGGUGGUAUGGAACGGGCGCACUCCGCCGUCCGCCUCGCUGGCCUGGCCGGAGAGCGGCGCGCCCGUGGCGGUGGUGCGGGCGGCGCGCAACUCGCUAAACAACCGCUUCCUACCGUACGACCUCAUCGACACCGAGGCCGUGCUCUGCGUCGACGACGACGCGCACCUCAGGCACGACGAGAUCGUGUUCGCCUUCAGAGUGUGGCGCGAGCACCGAGACCGCAUUGUGGGGUUCCCCGGACGAUACCAUGCCUGGGACCUCAACUACAACAACGGGUUUCUUUACAACUCAAAUUACAGCUGCGAACUCAGCAUGGUGCUGACGGGCGCGGCGUUCGUGCACCGCUACUACCUGUGGGCCUACUGGCGCGCGCUGCCUGCCGCCAUACGCAACUAUGUCGACGAGUUCAUGAACUGCGAGGACAUCGCCAUGAACUUUCUCGUCGCGCACAUCACUAGGAAACCGCCCGUGAAGGUGACGUCGCGCUGGACGUUCCGGUGCCCUGGCUGUCCAGUCACGCUCUCCUCCGACGAGACGCACUUCCACGAGAGGCAUAAGUGCAUCCAGUUCUUUUCCCAGGUUAUGGGCUACACUCCACUGCUGUCGACGCAAUACCGAGCCGACUCCGUUCUCUUCAAAACGCGCAUUCCACACGACAAGCAGAAAUGUUUCAAGUUCAUAUAAUACGCAGGUCAGCACCCAACCGAUACAUUAUUCCGCAAUUAAGACGAAGUCUAUCGAGAACGAAUGCUAUAGUGGAGUCAGAGGAACUAACACGAACAUCGAACAUAGAAAUUUCGUUAUCUGUCUCUCCAUCGCACUUGCAUACUCAAGCGAUAGAAAGGCGAAUAGACGUAGGUACGAACGAGCGAAGUAGUUCGCGGUGGGCCCUCAGGUUCUCGUAGACUAUUAUUAGAUUUAUUAUGCAGUGCUCUUGAUAUGAUCAUGCGCCAUGUUGCCGAAUUUCAUUGGAACUAAUUUCCUACACUGGCAAUAAUUGUAAUGAUAGGUUGUCACUGUUGUCAGUGUCUUGUGGCGGCUUACUUGAAUAAUACUUAAGUGUUGAAUAUUAAAUAAUAAAUAACAAAAAUGUCCCAGACUAUACAUAAUCAAGAGCGAAACAUUGUAAAUAAUGUAAAUAGUAAAUUGCUGGAAAAGAACCGUUCGGGAAAUUAAACUAUUUCGCUACGAAACAUUUCCAAAUUAACAUCAGAGCUGACAGGUAAACAAAUCAAAAUGUCAUUAUAGUCUGGUUCUUACAACUUAAUUAUUGUAGUGUUAUGUUAUACAAGAUACAAGCGAGGAAAUACUUACAGUAACAAAAAUUAGUGAGUUUGAAAAAUAUUUACUAUGGGCUUUGGAGACGAUCAAUCUAGUUCAUCACUACAUAGUAUAAAACAAAGUCGCUUUCCGCUGUCUGUCCGUCCGUCUGUCCCUAUGUAUGCUUAGAUCUUUAAAACUACGCAACGGAUUUUAAUGCGUUUUUUUUAAAUAGAUAGUGAUUCAAGAGGAAGGUUUUAGGAAUUUAAUAUAUGUGUAAAUUUGUUGAACUACCCGUGCGAAGCCGGGACUGGUCGCUAGUUGAGUAUAUACCAGAACCAGAGUAAGGUAAUUUUGAUUUAUGUGUGAUGCGUAAGAAAAUGCAUGACUUUUAUACGGUAAAAAAAAGAAGAACCGACAAUAAAAAAUGUGAACACCGAAUAUUUGGAUUCUGAUUUUGAUUACGAUGAAUAAAAGUAUGUAAGUCAAAAAACCAGUUGCCAAUCCACAAUGUUCAGACUAUACUGAACUGUUGCCAUACAAAUGAGAAUAAAUAAUUGCGCCCUCUUGACAAUGCUCAUAUAUUCCUGGUCAGGCUUUACAUCAAUUUGAACCAUAUGAUAUAAGUAGAACUGUUAAAUUGUUUGGUUCGUUCUUUUCACUCGUGAGGGAUUCGGUAGCUAGCCGCGCUGCAUAAAGAAACAAUGUAUUUUGUUUCACAGCCGGCUAGCACAGGAGUGGCGCGACAGUAUCUCGCCCGCGAAUUAGACUAACCACCUUUUACUAACUGUAUUAAUUAACCCGUGCGGCGUCCCAGUAUCACACGUGUGAUACCAGGGCGCUCCACGGGUUAAAGAGGGACGGGUAGUCUAUCUGACGGCCCUCCUGUGCUAGGCCUACAGAUUAAGGUGUGAGCCGAAAAAUAUCACCUCUGAAUAUUUCAACUAUAAUAUAAUAAUAACGAAAGUGAAGAUCUCAAGUUCUGUGGCGAUUAAAAGUAGGUGAAAAAAUUAUUAUUUUUAUAGCCAAGCUGUAACAAAAGAUGUGCAUAUUAAAAUUUAGAUACAUUUAUUAAAAAUAAACCUGAGACAUAUAGCGGAAGCCGCUCGACCCCAAUUUCAAAGGAAUGCCGCAAAUCGAUAUACAGGUUAGCCGUUUGGCACACACAUACUAGAGGCCAAAACAAUUUUUUUGACCCGCAGUUCCUAAAAAAAUUUCGCUGCGGGGGGAGUGGUAAAACAUUUUUUUUUGUAUGGAAAAAAAAAUCCAAAACCUAUCGAGUGUGGUAUCAUACGAAAGGGCUUUUUGAGGCGAUUCUAAAAAUAUAUCACAUCAUUACAUUUCGGGCAUCUUUUUAAAAUUAAAACAAAAAGAAUUUUCGAAACAUACCAAGUUUGGGCUCCUCCAGACACGAUAUGGCUGUUUUUUUUUUGUACAAUAUACCACAAAUGAUACGUAAUAUCUUGAUAUCGAACCU